AUGAAUGGCGCUUUGCGCAUGCCCAAGCAGACUCCACUUUUACACAAGAUGGCGGCACCCUGUAGGAAGCUUGCGAGGUCGGUGAUGUUUAAAGGUAUGUUUAUUCUGAACUGCAAAAAAAACAUUUAUUUCGAUAUAACACAUAAACAGAGGGUGUCAGCAGUUUUUAGGGGUAAUUAUCAUGUAACGGGUGUUCCUCUCCUUGUCUGCUGUCCUUCACCUGCUGCACAGGUUUGAAAACACAGGUCAAAUGAAAACAUCAACACCAGGGGUAACUUCCACAAAGCUGUGAACGAUCUGAGAGACAAGGCAAGGGCCUUCUACACUGUCAAAAAGGAACAUAAAAUUCGGCAUCCAAAUUAGGAUCUGGCUAAAAAUACUUUAAAGAGUUAUAGAACCGAUUGCCCUCUACCUGAGAUAGAGAUCCUAUACAAUUACUAGAGCGGAUAUCAUAAACUUUAAAUUCCAUAAUGGGGCUAAAAUGGCAGCCAUGUUGAGGUGUGUUCGUAAAUUCAAUCUGGAGUACCAGAGUGCGCUCUGGGCGUUCGUAAAUCCAGAGCGUGUCUCUCUCUCGGAGCGUUCAGAGGGCACACUGGACGAUCUGGCCGAGGAGUAGAGUUGAUCCGAGCGUUUUGACCUCACAACCGCAGUCAAGAACCCAAUCGUUGGCUAACUUGCUAGCUACUCUCAGACAUAAAUGAGAGAACACCUCACACUGACCAUUUUACUCGCCGUAGCAGAGCUGGUUAGGCUGUUUUCAUGUUAUCCACAGCGUUGGUGACUGUAAAUGUGCUGCUGGCAACAAUUUAAUUACGCUUUUUUGCGGAUGUUUACUGACACGGCAAUAUUAAACGGGUGAUGAGCGUUCGUAAAUUCAUCAGAUAUUCUGCGCUCUGGCACACUCAAACGAGAGUUCUCUGAAAUCGGAGUAAAUAGCCAGAAUAAAUUUACGAACGCACUCUUGGUCAGGGAGAAAUCCAAAACCAGUCUAAUUGUAGUGAAUGGCAGUAGAGGCAUAGGUGAUGAAUUUUACAUUUACAUUUUAGUCAAUUAGCAGACGCUCUUAUCUAGAGCGACUUACAGUUAGUGAGUGCAUACGUUAUUUUUUUAUUUUUCAUACUGGCCCCCUGUGGGAAUCGAACCCACAACACUGGCGUUGCAAAAUUUUCUGCUUUUACUUAUACUUAUGUGAUGUAUCAGAAAUUUUGUAAUGGAAUUAUAGUCAACCUUAAAUAUUGUCAUGUAAUUAUAAAUACAGUUUGUGUUUUAUACCAAUUUUCCUUAUAAAUAGCCUCUAAAAUACCGUACAUGUAAACACCAUAAAUGUAUCAGAUUCAGUUUUUUUGGAAAGCUGUGAGUGCUAUUAUGAUACAAUAUCAGUACUCAUUGCAUUUACAACUUGUCUAAGUCCUAUCAUCAUCUGAUUUGAGACAGUGUAUGACUGUGGAUUGACUGCAUUGCUUUAAUUGAAUAUUGGCAAUUAAUUUGAAAAAUAAUAAUUGAAUCAUUCCUCUAAAACUGGCUGGCUAGCUAGUUAACACACAUUUUACAUUUACAUUUACAUUUAUGUAAUUUAGCAGACACUCUUAUCCAGAGCGACUUACAAAUUGGUGCAUUCAACUUAGGGAUAGCCAGUGGGACAACCACCCUUUUUUUUUGUGGGGGAGGGGGGGAUAGAAGGAUUACUGUUAUACUAUUCCAGGUAUUCCUUAAAUAGGUAGGGUUUCAAGUGUCUCCGGAAGGUGGUCAGUGACUCCGCUGUCGUGGGGGUGCUUGUUCCACCAUUGGGGUGCCAGAGCAGCGAAUAGCUUUGACUGGGCUGAGCGGGAACUGUGCUUCCGUAGAGGUAGGGGGGCUAGCAGGCCAGAGGUGGAUGAAUAUAGUGCCCUCGUUUGGGUGUAGGGUCUGAUCAGAGCCUGAAGGUAAGGAGGUGCCGUUCCCCUCACAGCUCCGUUGGCAAGCACCAUGGUUUUGUAGUAGAUGCGAGCUUCAACUGGAAGCCAGUGGAGUGUGCGGAGGAGCGGGGUGACAUGAGAGAACUUGGGAAGGUUGAACACCAGACGGACUGCAGCGUUCUGGAUAAGUGUUAGGGGUUUAAUGGCACAGGCAGGGCGCCCAGCCAACAGCGAGUUGCAGUAAUCCAGACGGGAGAUGACAAGUGCCUGGAUUAGGACCUGUGCCGCUUUCUGUGUAAGGUAGGGUCGUACUCUGCGAAUGUUGUAGAGCAUGAACCUGCAGGAUCGUGUCACCGCUUUGAUGUUAGCGGAGGGUGUUGUCCAGGGUCACGCCAAGGUUCUUCACACAGUGCAGAUAACACUAUCUUAUCACAGCACUGAAAAAAUCAUGGUUGACCAACUCCUUGACCUUCAUGGCUGACCUUUGGACCAUCAUAAGAAGGUUCAUAUCCAUUCUAGUAUUCUAAUUCCUAAUUAUAUGGGUCUGGGGACCUCUCACCAACCAAGAAUUCACAAAAUGGGACAAACACCAAAUUGAGACUCUGCAUGCAGAAUUCUGCAAAAAUGUCCUCUGUAUACAACGUAAAACACCAAAUAAUGUACACAGAGCAGAAUUAGAACGAUACCCGCUAAUUAUCAACAUCCAGAAAAGAGUCGUUAAAUUCUACAACCACCUAAAAGGAAGUGAUUCCCAAACCUUCCAUAACAAAGCCAUCACCUACAGAGAGAUUAACCUAAAGAAGAGUCCCCUCAGCAAGCUGGUCCCGGGGCUCUGUUCACAAACACAAGCAGACCCCACAGAGCCACAGGACAGCAACACAAUUAGUCCCAACCUAAUCAUGAGAAAACAAAAAGAUAAUUACUUGACACAUUGGAAAGAGCUAAACAAAAAACAAAGCAAACUGGAAUGCUAUUUGGCCCUAAACAGAGUACACAGAAGCAGAAUACCUGAUCACUGUGACUGACACAAAAUGAAGGAACGCUUUGAUUAUGUACAGACUCAAUGAGCAUAGCUUUGCUAUUGAGAGAGGUCGCCUUGGGCAGACCGAGAGAGAAGACAGGCUAUGUGCCCACUGCCCACAAAAUUAGGUGGAAACUGAGCUGCACUUCCUAACCUCCUGCCAAAUGUAUGACCGUAUUAGAGACGCAUAUUUCCCUCAGAUUAUACAGAACCACAAAGAAUCGACAGUUACUAACCUCGAUUUCAACUUCAAAUCUGACUUCAACUUCGACUCAGCUGUUCCCUUGUUCAUUCCAUUGUUUCAUGGGCUACCAAAACACUACAGGCGUAGAUGCAGCAGACGAGUCGGCAUCCUUGUAAAACUGAGACAAAGAGAAUAUCGAUCGGCACUCCCCUCCGUUCUAUUGGCAAAUGUCUAGUCACUCGAGAAUAAGAUGGAUGAGCUUCGUUCGCGACUCUCCAAUCAGAGAAACUUGAAAAGCUGCAAUAUUAUAUGCCUUGCAGAGAUGUGGCUGGAUGACUAUGUAUGUAGAACUCAGUGGUUUCUCCAUGCAGCAGCACAAUCGGACGAAGGAGGCCUCGGGCAAGUCCAAGGGGGAGGGGUGUGCCUCUUCAUAAACAACAACUUGUGUGCUGUUUCCAUUGUGAAGGAAAUGUCGAGCUUUCGCUCAACUGAUAUAGUAUACCACAUGGGAAGCUGCAGACUUUUCUCUACCAAGAGAGUUCUCAUCCAUAAUUAUCACGUCUGUCUACAUCCCUCCACAAGCCAACACCACUGACACUGAAUGAACUGUAUGGGGCCAUAAACAAACAAGAAACUGCUCACCCAGAGGCAGCAUUUCUUGUGGGUGGAGACAUUAACAUGGGGAGACUUAAAACCGUUCUACCUCACUUUUACCAACACGGCUCCUGCGCCACUAGGGGCGCUAAAACUCUAGAACACUUUUAUUCUACCCUCCCUUAGGCAAAUUUGAUCGCAACUCUUACUAUCCUGCUUCUUUUAUACAAACAAAAGCUCAAACAGGAAGUGCAAGGGACGCGCUCAAUACGGAAGUGGUCAGAUGAAGCAGACGCGAGGAUAAAAUACUGUUUUGCUAGCACAGACAGGAAGAUGUUCCGGGUUUCAUCCGAUAGCAUUGAGGAGUUUACCACAUCAGUCACGGGCUUCAUCAAUAAGUGCAUAGACAACGUCAUCCCCACAGUGACUAUACGAACGUAUCCAAACCCAAAACCAUGGAUUACAGGCAAUAUCCCCACUGGGCUAAAGGCUAGAGGUACCGCUUACAGGGAACAGGACACGGACGCAUACAAGACAGCCCGUUACGACCUCCGACGAGACAUCAAACAUGCAAAAGGACAAUAUAGGAGGAAGAUGGAAUCCUAUUACACCGGCUCCGACACUCAUCGUAUGUGGCAGGGCUUGCAGACGAUAACGGAUUACAAAGGGAAACCCAGCCGUCAGAUGCCCAGUGAUGCAGAACUCCCAAACGAGCUAAAUAAUUGUUUAUGCUCGCUUCGAGGAAUACAGCACUGAGUCUUGUGUGAAAGCCCCUGUUCCGGAUGACUGUGGGAUCUCGCUCUCCGUGGCCGAUGUGAGAAACUAUUAAACAGGCUAACACUCGCAAGGCUGCCUGGCCAGGUGCGUUCUCAAAGUAUGCGCAGACCAGCUGGCAAGUGUCUUCACAGACAUUUUCAAUCUCUCCUUGUUCGUCUGUAAUCCCAUAAUGUUUAAAGCUGACCACCAUUGUCCCUGUUACCAAGAACUCCAAGGUAACCUACCUAAAUUACUGUUGCCCUGUAGCACUUGCAUCUGUCAUUAUUAAUAGAUUUGAAAGGCUGGUCAUGACACACAUCAACGCCAUCAUCCCAGACACCCUGGACCCACUCCAAUUCGCAUACCACCCCAACAGAUCCACAGAUAACACUUUCUCAAUUGCACUUCACACUGCCCUCUCCCAACUGGACAAGAGGGGAAAUAACUUUAGGGGACCAAAGGAAUUGGGACAAAUUCACUUAUGUGUAUUAAAGUAGUAAAAAGUUAUGUAUUUGGUUUUAUAUUCAUAGCACGCAAUGACUAAACUUUUUACUACUUUAAUACACAUAAGUGAAUUUGUCCCAAUACCUUUGGUCCCCUAAAGUGGGGGGACUAUGUACAGAAAAUGGUGUAAUUUCGAAACUGUUCACCCGAUAGGGAUGAAAAUACCCUCAAAUUAAAGCUGACAGUCUGCACUUUUAACGUCAUAGUCAUUGUGUUAUUUCAUCCAAAGUGCUUGAGUACAGAGCCAAAACAACAACAAAUGUGCUACUGGUCCCAAUACUUUUUUGGAGUUCACUGUAUGUACGCACUAUAUACACACUCACUUACACACUACACUGAUACUCUCACACAAAACCCACACACAUUCACAUACACUACAUACGCCCACACAUAACACACGCACAUACCGACACAACACAAAUACACACACACACACACACACUCCUCAUAUGCUGCUACUCUGUUCUCUAUUUUACUCUUAUUAUUAUCUGUCCUGAUGCCUAGUCACUUUACCAUGCCUUCAUGUACAUGCUGUAUCUACCUCAAAUACCUCGUACCCCUUCACAUUGAUAUGGUACUGGUAUUCCCUGUUUAUAGCUCCAUUCUUCUGUAUUAUAUUAAUGUGUUACUAUUUGUCUUUGUAUUAUAAUUGUUUAAACUCUGCAUCGUUGGGAAGGGCUCGUAACCAAGCAUUUCACGGUAAAGUCUACACCCGUUGUAUUCGGCGCAAGUGACAAAUAAAAUUGUAUUUGUAUGUACUUCAAAAAAGGUAUAAAUAAGCAUUUACAAAUAACUGACAAAAUGCCUAUUUGGCUCCUCCAAUGUAAAUCACUCAUGACUGCCAUGCACAGGUCGGAAGGCUACAACCGCUCAGUACAUUGGAGGUACCGAAGAGGCAUUUUUUCGGUUGUUUGUACAUUUUUUAUUUAAACCUAUUUUGGAAGUACAUACCGGCCGUAUCAGGAGUAAAUGAAGAUGAUUGCUCAGCGAAACUCCAUAUUUGGUGAGUAACGAACGUAUUUUGACGUAACGCUUGCAAAGCUGUCUAAUGGGAGUUUGAAUCAGGGAUUCCUAGGCGUUAGACAGGAGACCCGUCAUACUCAUCGUCAACAUCUCUAACGCAUAGAUACUGGGGCAGCUGAUUCCGAAGGCUAGAAUUAUUUGACCUGACCAGUACUCUCACUGUUUUAGGUUUGUGUCAGAUCCCAGGCCGGUCACUAUGGACACAGAGGUGCCCGAUCAAGUUACAGGCUCUGAGGUGCAUUCCUCCCUGGUGUCUCACCCGACUCUACCGACCACUGACCACCACCAGGCCGACACUGAUCAGCACCAAAACAGAACAGCCGAGAAGCGCUGAUCAGCAGAAAACGACUGACACGCUGAAAGAGCAAAAGGAAGAGACUGAGGAGGAGGGACCAGUGUACAUCCCCACGAGAAAGGCCAAGAACCCCAUGAUGAAGAUCGGAUAUGCCUGGUGAGAGACCCUUUGUUCUCUAACGUGGUUUAUAUUCAGAUUUCUAUUGUAUAGAAACGGCUGACAAUUUGAUAUUGUAUUCAGGUGAAUAACCCCUUUGGUAAGUUCCCAUUCUCUCUCGCUCUCUUUCCCCCUCUCUCUCUGUAGGAUGAUAGGUCUCCCUGCAGGUAUAAUAGGGUUCAUCCUGAUGAAGAGAGAGGUGGAUAAGAACCGCCUGAAGCAGCUGAGGAUUCGCCAGCGGAUGAACAGAUCCAAUGAAGGAGAGUACGAGGGUAGCCGUUACCGCAACAACAGACUGGACUGA